ACCAGAAAAUACUUUGUACAUCGGACCUAAAGUGCAUUACAUAAAAAAAGCUGUCUUCACCGAUUCAAACUUCACCUGGUGGCGGAAAUUUGCUUGGCUUUCGUACCAGAGUCGGAAGUUAGGGACGAAAGUAAAAAGUCCCACUCUCAAUCUAUGAAGUAAUGUCUGGGUCGAGCUGGUUAAAUGUGACCGAGUUAACGAGUCAGGAAUCACUCUUCGCUACAGCUCGCGCACUUAGCUUCGCAACCGUAAAACAUCCACAGAUUUGCAAUAGAACUCGUUGUUCUCAUGGAGACCAGAGAGAGUGGGGGAAAUAGCGAAGCUAAACCUUGCCUGUCUAAAGAGUCAUGGUAUGACAGUUCUGGUGAAAUGAUGGAUAAUGUGCGUCUUUGGAUCCUUUCAAUGGUAUCACUAAGAUACGCUGCUCAUUUUGAGAUCCACCCUGCUGUGGAGCAGGAUCAUCAAGUUGUCAUUUCAGAACAUGAAAGUGGUAGUGUUCUGGACAUAAACGAGGAACUAAAUAGAACAAGCAAAGAGAACGACCAGAGAGAACAACAAAGACAUCACAGAGUGUUGUUACAGAAGAAUUUACGAAGAGAGUUGAGGAGGUCAUCAAAAAAACACAACCAGGCUCAGAAGAAGAAAUAUUUUUAAUGUUUUCCAAAUC